AUGAAAUUUCUUUCUUUAUGUUGUUAUUUCUUUCCUUGUUUCUUUCUGUCUGUAUGUUGUUAUUUCUUUCUUCGUUUCUUUCACUCUGUUAUUUCUUUCUUCGUUUCUCUCUUUCAGUUAUUUCUUUCUUCGUUUCUUUCUUUCUGUUAUUUCUUUCUUCGUUUCUUUUAUUCUGUUAUUUCUUCAUUUCUCUCUUUCAGUUAUUUCUUUCCUCGUUUCUCUCUUUCUGUUAUUUCUUUCUUCGUUUCUUUCUUUCACUUAUUUCUUUCUUCGUUUCUUUCUUUCUGUUAUUUCUUUCUUCGUUUCUUUCUUUCAGUUAUUUCUUUCUUCGUUUCUUUCUUUCUGUUAUUUCUUUCUUCGUUUCUCUCUGUCAGUUAUUUCUUUCUUCGUUUCUUUCUUUCUGUUAUUUCUUUCUUCGUUUCUCUCUUUCUGUUAUUUCUUUCUUCGUUUCUUUCUUUCUGCUAUUUGUUUCUUCGUUUCUUUCUUUCAGUUAUUUCUUUCUUCGUUUCUUUCUUUCUGUUAUUUCUUUCUUCGUUUCUUUCUUUGUGUUAUUUCUUUCUUCGUUUCUCUCUUUCAGUUAUUUCUUUCUUCGUUUCUUUCUUUCUUGUUUCUUAUUUCUUUCUUCGUUUCUUUCUUUCUGUUAUUUCUUUCUUCGUUUCUUUCUUUGUGUUAUUUCUUUCUUCGUUUCUUUCUUUCAGUUAUUUCUUUCUUUGUUUCUUUCUUUCUGUUAUUUCUUUCUUCGUUUCUUUCUUUCUGUUAUUUCUUUCUUCGUUUCUUUCUUUCUGUUAUUUCUUUCUUCGUUUCUUUCUUUCUGUUAUUUCUUUCUUCGUUUCUUUCUUUCAGUUAUUUCUUUCUUCGUUUCUUUCUUUCUGUUAUUUCCUUCUUCGUUUCUUUCUUUCAGUUAUUUCUUUCUUCGUUUCUUUCUUUCUGUUAUUUCUUUCUUCGUUUCUCUCUUUCAAAGUUAACAUUGAUGGUUUCAUUGUUCUUAUUGAACUUUUUCUUCGUGUAAAAUUUUUCUUUCUUUCAUUCUUUUUUUUUUUUCCUUUCAUUUUUUCUUUCUUUCAUUCUCUUUCUUUCUUUUCAAUUUUUCGUUUUUUCAUUUUUCUUUCAUUUUUUCUUUCUUUCAUUCUUUCUCUCCAAAUUACCAGUAACUCUCGCAUUGUUAUUAAUAUUUCUUUUUAUUUACGUUUUCUUUCUUUCGUUCUUUCUUUCUUUUUCUUUCUUUCUUUUUUCCUUUACAAAAUUCAUAUAAACUGUUUUUGUUGA